AUGGCUCUCGAAGAACCUGCCCUCCCUGCUGUGCCCGAGUACCCGUCGCGCUCGCCUUGGAACAGCGAGAUCGAGGGGACGAGGGAACGCUUCCUACGUGAACUGGGCGACUACAGCGGGUGGAAACCGAUGGGAGAGAAGCAGGGCGUCAAGCUUUGGCGCAAGUAUGACGACGACAACAACCCCAUUCCCUGCGUUCGCGGCGAGACGAUCGUCAAGAAUGCGUCGCCCUAUGCCUUCCUCGCCGGCGUCGUUCAAAUGCCGGGCAUGCGCAAACUCUGGGACCCCCGAACCGAACAAGGCUGCAUGCUCCAACGAUUCUCGCGCAACGAAGUCCUCUUCUACGCCGUGACCAAGGGCAAGCGGUUCAUCGCCUCGCCGAGGGAUAUCGUCGGUGUGCAGAAGGACUAUGUGGAGCGGGAUGGGUCGUGCAUGAUUGUGCAGAAGAGUGUUGAGACGGAUGUUGCGCCAGAACAGGCGGGGAUGCGGAGGGCGACCCUAGACUUGAGCGGGUGGCACUUUGAACCACAAGGGGAGGACUUGAAGGUCACCUACAUCUUCCGCAUUGGCCUGGGCGGCAUGAUCCCGAACGCGCUCGUGUCGAUGGCGACGACCGAGACGCCGCUCUGCACGGGACGAGCCAGAGAUACCUUCUACGAAUACGGCUACGCACCCUACAUCCGACACACCCCCGACGAGCCGAGCACGAUCUUCCAGAAGGAAACCUUCAAAUCUCCUCCGAUCCGCGAAUACCAGUGCACCGUCACGACCGGCCAACAGAUCGGCGAAACCUUCGAGAUUGCGUACGACUUGCGACGGAUGUAUAGACCCGAGGGAGGGGUGCAAGUUGCGGUCAAGGGCGAGGGAGUCCAGGCGGUUGAUGACGGGAAGGGGACGGUCCGGGUGCAGACGACGGAGAGCGGCAAGACGGCGACGGUUGUACUUACUCCUCGGUAG